AUGGCUUCCGACAAGAUGAAGUCGUCCCCUCCAAAGCCCUCUAUCCCCAUCGCCAUCCCGGCCGGCAGAAAUCGUGCCCUUACCGUCGACCAGCUUCCUCAACAUCAUCCUCCCUCCCGUCCCUCAAUCCUACCUCAAUUUCGGAUACCUCAAAGCGACGCUGCCGCUCCUCCCGAUCCCCGCAAGACCGUCAACAAGGAAGACCCUCUUCGCUACGUCGACUCCCUCAAACUCCAAGUCGUCCGCAACCAGCGCGGCGAAACUCUCGGCCUCAAAGUCGUCGACAUCAACGCCGUCAAACCCGAACGAGCAAACGUUUGUGCCCAUCUUCACAUCGGCAAGGAAAAUUCCGGUCUUGUGUUUGAUGUCGAGAGCGCUGAGGCGAUGAAGGAGCUGUACUCCAAGGCGUCGUUGACGAUGGCCUCGGACAGGAUCAUGGGGAUUUUGUUUGCACCGCCCGGGGUGGAAGCUGGGGGUAUUGCUAGGGAUGCCGAUUGGUCGUUUUUGUAUGAUGAUGUUGGAGGGGGCCAUGCGAAAGACGAAAACGUGAAGGAGGGGAAUGUGAAGGAGAGUAGGGAUCAGGGUCGGUCAGAUGCUCGUUCCCGGCUUCCCUUGCAUAUGAGGGAGCUUAACCUCAAGGAUUAA